GGUACCCACACAGCUUUUCAUACGCAUAUUGUCUUAAAUUUGAUUUUCUGAUGAAAUGAGCCGAUCGAUCACAUCAUCAUAUAGAUUCACAAAUCCCAUUUUUGUAUUUUCAAGAACCCAAUUUUCCUCAUCAUCUGCAGAUCAAUAUUGGGCCCAAUUGCAGAAAAAUGGGUCAAACGUUGAAAGAAACCUAAACAUGAUUAGGGCUCAAUUAGAUACUUCAUCUGUAACUCAAGUGUUACAAAGAUGUGUUAAUCAACCUGUAUUGGGUCUUAGAUUCUUUAUUUGGGCUGCUUUGCAGCCUAAUUAUAGACACACUACUUAUAUGUAUAAUAAAGUUUGUAACUUGCUGAAAAUUAAACUGAACCCUUGUGUCAUUAAUGAUGUUAUGGAGGAUUUUGGUAGUGAGGGGUGUUUGGGUAGUGUGAAGAGGUUUAAAGUUGUUUUGAAUUUGUGUCGAGAGGCUAAGCUUGCGAAUGAGGCUUUGUGGGUGUUGAGGAAGAUGGAGGAAGGUGGUUGUCGACCGGAUACAUUGGCGUAUAAUGUGGUUAUUAGGUUGUUUUGUGAUAAGGGUGAUAUGGAUGAGGCGGAUAGGUUGAUGAGGGAAAUGAAGGGUUUUGGUCUUUAUCCUGAUAUGAUUACGUAUGUUGCGAUGACUAAGGGUUUUGUGGAGGGUGAUAGGUUGGAGGAAGCUUGUGGAUUGUUUAAGGUUAUGGAGAGUCAUGGGUGUUUGCCAAACACGGUGAUGUAUUCUACACUGCUUGAUGGGGUUUGUAGGUUUGGGAGUUUAGACAAGGCGUUGCAGUUGUUGGGGGAGAUGGAGAAAGAAGGCGGUGCCAGUAAACCAAAUGUUAUUACUUAUACAUCUGUGAUACAAAGCUACUGUGAAAAUGGCAAGUCCUUAGAGGCAUUGAGUAUUUUGGAUAGAAUGGUUGCCAAUGGUUCUGUACCUAAUAGGGUCACAGCUAGUACUUUAAUUAAUGGACUUUGUUUAGAGGGGCAUGUAAAUGAGGUUUAUAAGCUCAUUUGCAGAUUUGUUGGAGAGGGUUUUGUUUCUGAUACUGAGUGCUAUAGUGCUCUUGUAGUGUCCCUGAUGCGGGUUGAAAAAAUUCCAGAGGCUGAGAAGGUGUUCAGAAAGAUGUUAGCUACCUCUGUGAGUCCUAAUAGCCUGGCCUCGAGCCUUUUGAUAAAGAAACUUUGUUCAAAAGGGCAGAUUCUGGAUGGUUAUCGCUUGUACGUCGAAAUUGAGAAGUUGGGUUGCAUAUUGACAAUUGAUUCUGAUAUUUACUCUAUUUUGUUGGCUGGGCUUUGCCAAGACGGACAUUUGCUAGAGGCUGCAAAUCUUGCUGGGGUAAUGGUGGAAAAAGGUAUUGGAUUGAAACCUCCCUAUGCUGAGAUCGCGAUUGAUCAUUUGAAAAAUCUUGGAGAACUCGAGCUAGUGUCUCAUAUUUUAAGACUUCAAAACCGGAGUUGACUUACUUUUUUGUAUACUUCAGUUCAGACGUUUGGAUGCUAUUAAAGUUGAUCCGUAUG